AUGUUGGUAGCACACUCUACCACCACUCCCAACCUCUACUCAGAGAACAACAGGAAGCACACUGCUCCUGCUCCUGCUCCUGUCCCAUCAACUAUGGCAGCUCGCCUGUUCAACAAGCUCGACACCGUCCACCAAAUUGAAGAAGCCCACAUUAUGCAUCUAUCUCGACAAGUUGAGAUUGGCAUGCAGCUGUUCCCUGAAGAGAACAUUAGAUUACACCCCGUAGCUGGCGGCGGUGUAUCUGCUCUCACAACUCCUCAGCUCGGCAAGCAAUUGAACCGCACCCUUGGCCUAGGCAUGAAGGGCAUGGUCACCGACAAAGAUCUCUCCAACAUCGAAGCUUUGCACGACAAGGCAAACCUCACACCGACCAUCCUGCUCUGCCCUUAUGCCGACCAAAGUGUUCUCCAAGCGCUUGCCAUGCGUAGCUACGUUGUCGAAGGCUUCCUCAACAUUUACGCUCGUUCUUUGAGUGAAAUCCACGUGGACUUUGAUCCAAAUAUGGAGGCACCUGCUGAACUUCCCUUUGGAUCCAACAUGCUCGUUUGCCGUGCUCCUGCCAACGAGGCCGGAAUGGGUGCUUUUGUUCACGCCUCAGUCGCUGGCUUCAAAGACGACGGCCGUUCUGAUGAAGUUCUCCGCAGCUUAGCUGAAACAGCAGCAUUGAGAUCCGACACAAACCUCUAUUUCGGCAAGAUAGACGGCCAAAUCGCCGGGUGUGGUGCCAUGGCACUGAUGGAGACAAAGUACGGCCGUGUCGCGCAUCUCUACAUCGACAGCACAACGCCAAACUUCCGUGGCCGUGGUGUCCAGCAAGCACUAAUCCGGGCUCGUCUCAUCGAUGCAAAGCGCCUGGGCUACGACUUCGCCACUAUUCAUGCCCGCCCCGGUAUUGGGACAGGCCGCAACGCCGAGAAGGAAGGGUUCGGUCUCGCAUUCACCAAGCCCAUCCUGACCAAGAAAACCAAUUAA